AUGGCGAGCUCGUCACCUCCAGCCCGAGACUCUCGAGCCCUUCGCAGCUCACGGAGCUCAAGGCAGAGCCUCAAUCUGCCCAUACGAGCGCAACUGUCCGAUUUUCUCCUCGAUACUCGGAACUCGGAAGAGGCGCAUCGGAGAGGGUUCGAAGAAGCAGAGCGCGAGCAUGAGCGGAUCCGGCGGACGGCGAUCGACGCCCUCAACGCGCACGAGCGCGAGCUCGAGCUCAAGAGGAUAGAAGAAGAACAAGCCAGGGAACGCCAGCGUUUGGCUAAGGAAGCCGAAAUCGCGCGCAAAGAGGCGGAACUGCAGGCAUUGAAGGCGAAGCAGGUUCCGAAACCAGCGCCGCCGCCACCAUCUCCGAAAGCACCGGCAGCUCAAGCGACAGCUUCCAAGGACCAACAAGCCGCCGCCCUUGCAAUCACUGCGCCAGCGAGUCAAACCUCGCAACCCGAGACGGCAAAAUCAAAUUCAUUGAAUGGCCUCGCAGCGCAGAAACCAGCUCCAGCCACAUCUGCAACGCAGGGCGCAAAGACGUCUCUGUUCGGGCCAACACCCGCUGCCUCGUCUCCGUUCGGCGCACCCACUCCCUCGAGCAACCAGGCCUCUUCCCAGGUGCAGAAAGCCUCACCAUUCGCAGCCCCACAACCAAAGCCCAGUAUAUCUGCGGUCGCUCAGUCAGCUGCCGCGACGGGUUCGCCUUUCUCCCAGGCCAAUGGUGUUCCAACCCCUACCCAGGCCCCAGGUCCAAGGCAGCCUGCCUCAGAUCGCCACAUUGAAGUACACAAGAAUCUCAAAGAACUCCGCAAAUCCAUGACGGAGCAAGCAAAGACGAAUCCCCAUCUAAAGAAGCGGAUGGGCGACAUGCGCCGUGAAAUUAGGAAAUCAACUGGCCAAUUCGUUGCGGGCGGUGCCAGGGCCAACGAAACACCGAUUGCCAAGAUCGUAGAACUACUGCGAGAAGCACUCAGGAACCAGGUCCAAAGUCAGCUCAUCGACCCAGGCAUGUUCGUGCUAGAGUCCAGGGCUCCGGUCCCCGGGGAGACAAACGAACCACAGCGCUCGUCGCUUUUCCUUUACCUCAUGAACAUCUUUUGCAAAGCUGUCAUAUCUCAAUUCAUCAACGAGGCCAGCGCCAACCCCAAACAGGCCGAUGCCAUUGGCAUGGUAGCUGCCAAGAUCUUCUCCGAUGUGGAGUUUCUCUGGCGAGGCAAGUCAUUGAUUGACAUGCUGAUCGCCAAAUACCGUGUCGUCUGCCCGGUUCUCUUUGGAUUCAGGGGCAACGACAAGAUGGAGCAGGCCAGGCUGCGAGUCGGUUGGAGGAAGGAAGGCGGACAAUGGAUUCCCGAGCAGGUCCACGGCGAUCGCAUGACGGGCCUCGGCGCGGGCUUCGCGGCGCUGACCCUCCGCGAUUUCUCCAAGGCAAAAGCCAAGAAGAACCCAUGGCCGCCAUCAGUCUACUGGACGGCAAUGGCUAGGAUCAUCAACACGCCCACGGAGGAGAUCUCCAAGACACAGUGCUACGUCCUGAAGGCGAUGAUCGCCAAUUACGAACAGAAAUUCAUGCUCUGCUACGGCACCGCCGCCGUCGCGGCCUUACGCUGCGCCCUUAUCGACUUCCCGGCCAGGAUACCAGAAAAGAGCUCGGCUCGCGAUGCCCUACCUGUGGUCGCGACCAGCUUACGGAUGGAAACAGGCUUACGACUGGAUCAGAUUUGA